CAGCAGCGCAAUACAACACAUCACAUCACAUCACAACACAACUCAUCACGACACACCACAUCACAACACAUCACAUUGCACGAGCUUGCCAUGGCGCUGCAGCGAAGAACCACGCAAGCUGCCCUUGCAUCCGUGAGCUCGAUCGCAACGGCGGGGCACCGGUGGACCUCCCCGCGAAUGCUGCUGCUGCUGCUGCUGCUCACCGAGCGGGCGGAGGCCUACUCGAUCCGCCCGCCCGCRGUGGCACGCGGUUUCCACACGGCGGGGAGGCGGCGCCUUCCGAGGCCGCGGGCGAAGGUCCUUGCUCUCUCGGCGGCCGGCCGGAACCACGAUUGGACCCGGAACGCCACCGCCGUGGUGCCCGUGGUCGAGGAGUCCCCGGGGAGCGACGGGGACUUCGAUGGGCAUAGGUUCGAUUGCAUCGAAGACAUCGACGACGACGACGACGACGACGACGACGAGGAUCUCGACCUGCGUCUUCUCCGGUCCAUGCUCGAAGCCAUGGCGGACCUGGAGUCCUUCCAGGCAACGUCCUCGUCUUCGUCAUUGGAUCCCCUCGGCGGUGCCCUCGAUGCCGGCAAAUCCCCRCCUCGGCCUCUGCCCCUCGACAGCGAUUUCACCGCUAGCACGAGCACGAGCACCAGCGAGCUCUCGCUGCUGUUUCCGGCGGCAAAGGCUUCCACCGAACCAAAGGCUUCCACGCCCGGCGAACGGGACGGCCCCGAGAGCGCCGCCKCCGAAAAAGAGGGGGUCUGGCGGGCCCGCUGGCUKCUGGUGGGCGCCGCCGCCCUCUACGGGACCAACUUUUCCGUGGUCAAGCUCCUGGGCGACGAAAUGCCCGUCGGCAUCAGCACCACCCUCCGCUUCGGCCUGGCCGCCCUGGCCACCUUUCCGUGGCUCGUCGAGGGAUGGUUCGCUCCGGCCGGCAGGCCCGGGGAAGGGGCUCCGACCGCAGCGAACCAGCGCUUCAUGGCCACMAUGUACGGCCUCGAGGUGGGCCUAUGGAACUCCAUCGGGUACGUCUCCCAGGCGGUCGGCCUGGAAACCACCCUCGCGUCCAAGUCGGCCUUCAUCUGCAGCAUGGCCGUGGUCAUCGUCCCCCUCCUGGACUGGCUGGCGGGCAAGAAGCUCCUGCCCCGCCAGUGGGUGGGRGCCCUCAUGGCCCUGGUGGGGGUGGCCUUUCUCGAGCUGGGGGGGAUCGGUCCGGACCUCCUGUCCGCGGGCGGGGGCAUCACCACCGGGGACCGCCUGUCCCUCGUGCAGCCCCUGACCUUUGGRCUGGGCUUUUGGAGGAUGGAGCAGGCCAUGCACCUCUUUCCGCGGGAGGCACCCCGCAUGACGGCCGCCCAGCUCCUGGCCAUCUUUUGUGCCUCGGCCGGGUACGGGCUGUGGACCCUGGGGGUCUUUGGCGGCCCGGGGGCCGGGGCGGACCCGGCCGGCCUCGARUCGAUCGCGGCGGCCUUCCCCUGGAGGGACUGGUGCACGGAUCCGUCCAUCCUGUUCAGCCUCUUCUGGACCGGCUGCGUCACGACCGCCCUGACCAUUUACAUGGAAACCCUCGCGCUGGAGAGCCUCUCGGCGGCCGAGACGACGCUCAUCUUCUCGACGGAGCCCCUCUGGGGAACYGCCUUUGCCGUUGCGGUGAUGGGGGAGCAAAUGGGAACGAACGCCGUGGUGGGCGCGGGGCUCAUCCUGGCGGCGUGCCUCUACAGCAACCUCGGGGURGGCGGCCUCGCCGGCCUCUGGGCCUCGGCCAGCCAGAGAUCGCCGCGGACGGACCGAAACCCGAACAGGAUCGAAGAAUCUACCGAUCUCGUGGCCAGGCCGGCAGUGCGGCGGAGCGCACACGAGGAGUAGAGUAAUAACAACAACAAGAACGGUGCGCGAUGCACACAGACCCAUCGAGCAAGGCAUGUCGCCACCGGGUAGACAGAAUGCCGCACGGCAUUGCACCGCGGUGAWAAAGCAGCAGGCAGCAUCAACGAUACCAUCCCUCCAUGGAAUGUCUUUUGAAUCCCAUGCGUAUCAUACGCGACACAAAACGAACUAAACAUAGAACCAACGA